ACCGCGACAGAAGCGACUUCCUCUUUCCAGUGCAUUUAAGGCGCAGCCUGGAAGUGCCAGGGAGCGCUGGAGGCCACCCAGUCAUGGGGGACACCUUCAUCCGUCACAUCGCCCUGCUGGGCUUUGAGAAGCGCUUCGUACCCAACCAGCACUAUGUGUACAUGUUUCUGGUGAAAUGGCAGGACCUGUCCGAGAAGGUGGUGUACCGGCGCUUCACCGAGAUCUACGAGUUCCAUAAAACCUUAAAAGAAAUGUUCCCUAUUGAGGCAGGGGCGAUCAAUCCAGAGAAUAGGAUUAUUCCCCACCUUCCAGCUCCCAGGUGGUUCGACGGGCAGCGGGCCGCCGAGAACCGCCAGGGCACGCUUACUGAGUACUGCAGCACACUCAUGAGCCUGCCCACCAAGAUCUCCCGCUGUCCCCACCUCCUCGACUUCUUCAAGGUGCGCCCUGAUGACCUCAAGCUCCCCACGGACAACCAGACAAAAAAGCCAGAGACAUACUUGCUGCCCAAAGAUGGCAAGAGUACCGCAGCUGACAUCACUGGCCCCAUCAUCCUGCAGACGUACCGCGCCAUUGCCGACUACGAGAAGACCUCGGGCACUGAGAUGGCUCUGGCCAUGGGGGACGUGGUGGAGGUCGUGGAGAAGAGCGAGAGCGGUUGGUGGUUCUGUCAGAUGAAAGCAAAGCGAGGCUGGAUCCCAGCGUCUUUCCUCGAGCCCCUGGACAGUCCCGACGAGACGGAAGACCCUGAGCCCAACUAUGCAGGUUGCGAUGUCCUUGGUCCGGACAGGGAACCAGGAGGAGGAGCAAACGAUGGGGGAGAGUGGGAGGCGAGCCGUACGUUGCCAUCAAGGCCUACGCUGCUGUGGAGGAGGACGAGGUGUCCCUGCUCGAGGGCGAAGCUGUUGAGGUCAUUCACAAGCUCCUGGACGGCUGGUGGGUCAUCAGGAAAGAUGACGUCACAGGCUACUUCCCGUCCAUGUACCUGCAAAAGUCGGGGCAAGACGUGUCCCAGGCCCAACGCCAGAUCAAGCGCGGGGCGCCGCCCCGCAGGUCGUCCAUCCGCAACGCGCACAGCAUCCACCAGCGGUCGCGGAAGCGCCUCAGCCAAGACACCUAUCGCCGCAACAGCGUCCGUUUUCUGCAGCAGCGGCGCCGCCAGGCGCGGCCGGGACCGCAGAGCCCCGGGAGCCCUCUCGAGGAGGAGCCGCAGACCCAGCGUUCUAAACCACAGCCGGCGGUGCCCCCGCGGCCCAGCGCUGACCUCAUCCUGAACCGCUGCAGCGAGAGCACCAAGCGGAAGCUGGCGUCUGCCGUCUGAGGCUAGAGCGCAGUCGCCAGCUAGCGUCUCGGCCCCUCCCGCCCCGUCCCUGUAUAUACGUGUUCUAUAGAACCUGUUGUCUGGACGCCGAGGCCAGCCCCGGCCCCUGUCCAGCGCGGCUCCCGCCACCCUCAAUAAAUGUUGCUUGGAGUGGACCGAG